AGCUUCAAUCUUGUAAUCGUUUUAACUGCUUUUGGCACUUAAAACUUUCUCUUGAAACAGAGAGAAAAAAAAGCAUAGCUCACUGAGGUAUUGCAUUUAAAAGACAAUUUUGACCAUACAGGAGAACAAGACGUGUCUGUGCAGAUAGAUGAUACUUGCACAAGUUUAGACAGUUUCAAUCGGAGGACGGAAUGGUUUACUAUGAUGAAAUGCAGUGAAGGAUCUUGUUGGUUGGAUCGUCUGCUUUUAAUGCUGCCUAAAAAUUCAAACACCACAAGUCGAAACCUAUAACGUUAAUUAUAUUCUGGUAAAGACGCGAUCAGUGAUUUUUUUUAUAUAUUUGUUUUAGCCAAUAUAAUAUAAAGAGCCAAUAUGAUGAUACCCAACUUUGUUUCCAUCCUGUUUGUUAUUGUAACAUCUGGACUGUGCCCGUCGUUCUGUUCGAGAGAGGUUUUUAGACACUCGGCAGUGCUGGAUGAGCAUGGGAAAUACCACCUGAAAUGGAGAUAUGAUGAAAAAACCAUCACAUUUGAAACGGUGGUUGAGACCAAAGGAUAUGUUGGGUUUGGAUUAUCUCCCACCGGAGGAAUGGCGUUUUCAGAUAUUGUAAUAGGGGGGGUGGAAAAAGGCCAACCCUAUUUACAGGAUUAUUUUACAGACAUGAAUAGAGAAGUCUUGAGAGAUUACCAUCAGAAUUAUCGCCUGGAGUAUGGAAUGGAAAACAGCACACACACCAUCCUAGGUUUCAGCAGAGAUCUCAACACUUGUGAUAUAAAUGACAAAACUAUUACGGAAAGUACAAUAAGAGUGAUUUGGGCCUAUCACCCUGAAGAUUUUGGACAUCCUGGGCCCAUGUACCAUGGGUUAAAUCGUGGAAGGAAAAGUCUGCGGUUACUUAACCCAAAGAGUCACACAGUCACACACUCUGGGGCUGCUUUCUUUGACAUAAGACAUAAUAACGUGCCAGUGCCUGUUAAAGAUACAACAUAUUGGUGCAAAAUAUUUAAGAUUCCAGAAGUGGAUAGAAAACAUCACAUCAUAAAGAUUGAACCUCUGAUUCAGAAAGGCCAUGAAAAUGUGGUCCAUCACAUAUUGGUGUAUCAGUGUGAUAGCCAUUUAAAUGACAGUGAACUUGAGUUGGGUCAUGAGUGUUUCCAUCCCAACAUGCCAGAUUCAUAUUUUACAUGUGAAAGUGUUAUUUUUGCUUGGGCAAUAGGAGGAGAGGCUUUCACGUACCCACCUCAUGUUGGUGUUUCCAUUGGUACAUCACUAGAUCCUGUGUAUGUUUUGAUGGAAAUGCACUAUGAUAACCCAACAUAUCAAGCAGAUUUAAAAGACAGCUCAGGCCUCAGACUGUUCUAUACCCCGGUGCUGAGGGAAUAUGAUGCUGGUGUGAUUGAGACUGGAGUCUGGGUCAGUCUGUACCAUAUGAUCCCACCAAGCUUACCUGAAUACAUUUCAGAAGGGCAUUGCACUACAGAGUGUCUCCAGGAGGCCUUGGAACUUGAGAUGCCAUCAGGAAUUCAUGUGUUUGCUGUUCUCCUUCACUCACACCUUGCUGGACAAUCACUAAAAACAAGACAUUUCAGAAAUGGGGAUGAACAGCAGCUGCUGGCUUAUGACGAUGCAUAUGACUUCAACUUCCAGGAAUUUCAAUACCUGAAGGAAGAAAGAACACUACUGCCUGGAGAUAAUUUGGUGACUGAAUGCAAGUAUAACACCAAAGAUCGUAAAAAUAUGACAUGGGGUGGCUUAAGUACCAGAGAUGAAAUGUGUCUCUCCUUUCUACUUUACUAUCCGAGAAUUAAUCUAACCCGAUGUGAAAGCCUUCCACAGAUAAGAAAACAGCUUACAUUUAUUGGAGUAAAAGAAAUGUAUACGACAGUCACCACCUGGCCAUUUAUAAUCAAAAGCCCUAAGAAGUACAACAAUCUUACCUUCACGGAAGCCAUGGACAAAUUCAGCUGGUCCGAGAAAAAGGGGAAUGCCUUUAAUGACCUUGUACGUCAACUACCAAUGAAUGUGAGAUGUUCCAGACAUGCUCAGGAAAGGUGGUCGGCUCAUGGCUUGAUCGUGUCUCCCCCCAAAGUAAAGCAAACUGGUGAACCUCAACUUGCCACCUGCAACAGAGCAUCACCACUGCACUUGAGUUCAGUGUUGCUACUCUUUCCAGUCAUAUGUGCUGCAUACAGUACAAUCAGGAUCAGGUGGUUAAUGUACCUGUAAACAUGUUGAGUAAAGAUUUGUCUGGAGAACACCAACAUCUACUAGACAUUAUGUAAUAGUAUUCAGUGUGUUGCAGAUUCCAAGAGAUAUGGCAUUGUAUGACCCUGUGAAAACUAUAAUGUAAUAUAGUGUAUAUUAAGCAGGACUUUUUUUUAUUUAAACAGCCAUUAUAAGCAUGAAGUAUGUGCAUAAAAGCAACAGCACAUCACAGAAAACAGAUGUAAGGACAUUUUAUGGAAUCAUGCCUAUUCUGCCAUAUGAUUUGUAUGCAAAAUAUAUGUGUCUGCACUGCAUUCUAGUUACAGAUAAUAAGUAAACCUACUUUUAUUAUUAACAGUUGUUGAUGUGAUUAAUGUAUAUGUAUAAACUGAACCCGACAAAAACAGAAAGGUUGGUUCAACAUGUUUUCCAGCAAUAUAGCAAUAGAUUUAAAAAGUAACCUAUUAAGUAUGUACAGUAUGUAACCUUUUUCACUUUUGGUCUUCUGGAUCUUCAAUGAAGAAAUGUUCGAGACAGCUGUGGAAUUCCAAAACUCCAGCCUUCUUGGAAACUACAGAAAGAAUCUGUAAAGGGCUCAGAUUUUAGAUAUGUGUGAGACAAGGUUUUACCAGGGGUUUUGCAAGACUGUGCACAUUGGGCCUCAUUUACGAAAGGGCACUACAUUUGUAGUUAGCGCACACAUAAAGUAGUGAGCCUAACAUGUGCGAUAAAUCCAAAUUUACAGCCCCAUUUACUAACAGAGAACGCAUUAAAUUACGCAUAAAUUGGCCUACAUACAAUUUCUAUAGACAUUUUCAGGUACGUUACGAUAUAUAACUUUUUUUUUUCAUGGUGUGGCCCACCAAGUGAACAGUCUUAACUUAAAUAGCCCUUGCUGCCAGAUUGAAUUGAUUCUCUAAACUGAAUGAAUCAAACAAAUCGAGUCGGUAAAAAGAAUCAAACUGCACAUCACUAGUUUUCAGCCCAGAAAAAGUGGUUUAAAUAGCGCGCCUAUCAGUGGUUGUUUCCAUGCACACUAAUAAAUGAUCACUUCAAUGCUCACACUAACAUUAACGCCCUUUAGUAAAUACCAUGUGAAUACAGCUCAUUAUUCUGAGCUUGAUGUUCAUUUAAAUACAUCAGCAUGCAUUACCAUACAAAUCACAUAUUCAUUCUGAUUACCAAAGUGUGUGCCAUAAUAUGCCAAGGAUUACACGCAAUAAUAAAUAAAAUUGCAAUAGUAAAUACGGAAAUCAUUAACAUGCACACUGAUUGCAAUUAUCAGUCAUUGUAAAGUUUAGAGCCCUUUUGUAAAUGAGGCCCAUUAAAUGAUGCAAGUUCAAAAAUACUGUAUCCAAAUCACUUGUAUUGAUUGCAAACAACAGGAAAACGUAUGAAGUUUGGAUCUCACUGUAGCCUGGUGUUGUUAAUAUUACUGUACUACUGGAUUCAGCAUUCAAGGUUCAAGCCCACAAGGCGACCCAGCAACAAAGGUUCUUUUGGUGCCACCAAGUGGCUGAACUGUAUCUUGAAACUACUUUAUUGUAACCACCUUUUCUUUGUAACAUAUACAGUACUUACAAAAUGUUAACAGCAAAAACCUAUAAUAGUAAUAUUAGUAAGCUAGUUGUUAACUAUUAAUAAACUAAAAAAAACUGCCCAUUACAAUAAAGCAUGCUGCAAUACUCUAAAUCA